UGCCAACUUAGUCACAUCUACACAGGAACAUAAUAUUACUAUAUAAUAGUUGACAGUUAAAAAAACAGAUAUGUCUUUGGUGAUUUAUGAUAUGAUCAGGAAUGGAUCUAAUGGAAAUGACAGAGAUAGUGUGGAGAUGAUUGUGGAUAUCUAUGAGAGUGCAGACUCUGUAAGAGAUUGUGACUUCAGGACAGAGACAGACUCCAAUAAAAACACACACCAACAACUUGAGUGUACAGAAGGAGAGCAAAAUGUCAUUGCACGUCUGUCAUCUUCAAGAAGUGAAUGUUUGUGGAACAGAAGCUCCAGAGCAGCUACAGUGUGUUUGGGGCUGCUGUGUGUUCUUCUGCUGGCUGCAGUCAUAGUGCUGUGUGUCAUGUUCACUCAAGAGAGAGAGUGGAUAAUAUUCAAGAAUGACAAUCUGACUAAAGAGAGAGACAAGCUUAAACGAGAGAAAAAUGAAUUCCAGAUGACUCUUGGUAAAGUGGAUGGAUGGAUUUACUAUCAAUUCAGUUUUUACUACAUUUCCUCUGAGAGGGAGAGCUGGAAUGAGAGCAGAAUAUACUGUACAGAGAGAGGAGCAGAUCUGCUGAUCAUAAACAACACAAAGGAACAAGAGUUUGUUAAGAACAUUACUGUUGGUAGCAUAAUGUGGAUUGGACUGACUGACAGUGAUGAAGAGGGCACAUGGAAAUGGGUCGAUGGCAGCACACUGACUGCUGGCACUGGAGAUCUUAUGCGGAUCUGUUGUUUCAGAUUCUGGGGGUAUAUGGAGCCCAAUGGCAAUACAGGAGAGAACUGUGCUCUUACUCUUUCAUCAAAGUUGGCUGACUAUCCAUGUAAUUAUAAGUAUAAAUGGAUCUGUGAGAAGAGCUUUGCAAAAGAGCCCAUUACAUAAAAUAAAUUUUUCUUCACAUUUAUGAAUGAAGAGAAAAUGUACUUUCAUGCGUGUGCAUCAGUUUCAUUACAUGUUGAUAUAAGACACACUAUAGAAGAUCUGCGCAGUUCUUGUGUUUGUGUAUUUACUCAUUUUUUUCAAGUUUUCCGAUAAGACGAUUAUUUCCUUUUAAAGCCGCUCGUAGCCGCGGGUCGCUCAAAACAAACACAGGAUAGCGCCACAGACACAGAGUUUACAGUUUUCGAGAAAAUUAACUUAUGAACGGCUUACUUAUAGUUGUCUCUGCAUAAAAAAGUUGGGAUAAAAGAUAAAAAAGUUGGGAUAGAAGGAAACAUUUUAACACUGAAAAAGUUAUAUACUUCAAGCAAAAAAGCAAUGUACUUAAAAAAAACUCUACUUACUUAAUGUCUAAUUAAAUCAACUCAAAACUGUGAUUUAUUUGGGAUCAGAUGACAUAUAAGGUUUGGUUAGACAAACUGUCAGAAGUUCUAUAUGGCCAUGUACACAGAACAAAGUUCAGGAGUGACAACUGCAUUAAACUGCCUGAGUGAAUGCCCUAAAUUUCAUUCCACAUAUUUCAAUACAGGAGUUACUCCAAUACGCAUAUUGAAAAUGUGGUUGUGACUCCCGUAAAUUACCAAAUUGUGGGGCAGAUUCACUAAAGAGUUGCAGCACUUUUGCACGUCAAUCCGCACAUCUUAUCACGUGGCUUGUCAUGCAUGACACCACGGAGACUCACAGCAUGUGGAGGCUCAUGCUACCCUCCGCGAUCCACCCACAAUUUACCACGCGACCCAUUGAGAGCAAGAACCACUAAUCACGACCACGAGGAGGUGGGGUAACCCUAAAUGUGACUCUAACCUCUCUAGCAACUGAGCCAAUUUGGUUGCUUAGGAGACAUGGCUGGAGUCACUCAGCACACCCUGGAUUUGAACUCGUGACUCCAGUGGUGGUAGUCAGCGUCAAUACUUGCUGAGCUACCCAGGCCCCCACGUUUAGUUUUUAAAAGAGAUGUUUGUGAACAUUUUCAGGUGAUCAUUUCAGCAGAAAUGUAUCAAAUAAUCAUCAAAUAAUUCUGAAGAGCGUUAUAACCUGGUAUCUUUAACGGCACAUUUUCUUUUUUUUUUUUUUUUGCAAAAUAUUCUCAUAAACGGAAUGGAUAAUAUUCUUAAAUGGGCUGGAAUGAAGAGUGACAUUGUAAAACAUAUCUAUCUUGUGUUUUUUGUAACAGAAAUCAUUAAAUUACACAGUAACUUGAUUGAAAACUGUGGAGACUGUGAACCAGAAUAAAGAAAAAUUAUUAUCACAGUCACUUGAAAAAAGAAAACUGUCAUUUGAUAGCAAUUACACACCUGAAAAUAUUAGCUCAAACGAAUAAAACUGAUCAUAACGUCUCAUAACACACUCAUUUUUAUGCUGUGAACUGUUUAUUUACAAUAGCUUUUACCAUUAUAUGAAUCAAUACAAAAAUGGAUUAAUGUUCAGUAAUUAGGUUUAAUUUACCUUGGAGGAAAUGUAGGUGUCCUCGCCGAUUUACUUCAUGCUCAUUUGGGAAUGAGGAAUAACACAGUUUAAUCCAUAGCACGCUCCUCUCUACAUUAAAAUUUUUUUUUUUUUUUUUU